CUCUUCUCUCCGCAUGUCCAUUUCCCUCCUACCCCCGGUAUGUCGUCAACAUACCCUGCGCACUCGCCCUCGACAUACGAUCGCAAGCCCAUCGUCGUCUCCCCCAAUGUCGUCCAGCUCCCACGCCGCGGCGACCGCAGGCUGCAAACUCCAUCCGCAAAUUGCGACCCAGAGCGUCGCGAGCGCGGUCGUAGCCGCAGUCGCGGAAGGGGGCGCUUCGGAAACGCGGACGACUCUCCUGUCAAGGGCAGCUACUUCCACCCGCGCGCAUUCGAGGCGUGCAUGCCCGAGCCCGCGAACGUCCCCGCGCCCCCAUUGGACUUCGACUUCACCGUACCGGCGCUCAUCCAGGACCUGUCGCCUUCGGACGAGUCUGACGAGGCCGUCUUGACUCCUCCU